GUAACCUGCCUAGAGGGAAAGCAGAGGGCCGCGAGAAACGGGAAUUUUUGGCGAGACACCCUAGACAACAGGAAACUACGUCGCGGAAGGCACGAAGAUCACGGCAACGGCCGUACCUAGCGCACGGUGAGGGUGCAAACAAUGAGCAGCAUCUUGGUUUAUAGGAGCGGCUGCCACCAGGGUAACGACACCGACUACGGCGGAAGGCAGAUCUAAAGCGGGCGGAACGCGGCAUGCGAACGCGACGAUGAUGAACCAGACUUUUCGCGGUUCCACGAAGCCAUCCCCAUCCGCUCCGCGGCUCACGGUUAGCUCGCAACGGUGGAGCACGCCCAGCCCAACUCCGGCGAGGGGGCGCGUCCAUGAGCACGCGGCAUCGCUACACCACCACUCGCCAGACGGGCGGUCCCCCUGAUCUCUGGAUAGAGCAUGUCGCUACCACUCACGCCCCACCCAUAUCCCCACGCAGCUCUGCGUUUCCCCCCUCGGUGCAGCGUGUCUCCCCAUGCGCGAGGUAUUCCCCACUCACAGCCCAAGCCAGUAUUCCCCGCCCUAAGUAGCCCCCCCACACACCCCUGGUUAUUCCCCACUCACAGCCGUUAGUACGCUGCCCUGAGUAUCCCCCACUCCCUGCCCUAGGUGUCCACCACUGACUGCAGUACGUUUCUCCCACACCCUGCCGUAAGUGAUAUCCACUGACCGCCCUAGUGCCUCCCACUCCGUGCCCUAAGUUUCCCCUAUUCUCUGCCCCAGAAUCCACCCCAACCACCCCGAAGUUACCGUGCACUUUCAGGAGCUUUUCAUGCCUCACUGGGCUGCGCAUCCCAGCCUCUCUAACCUUGAGACUCCCACACUCCGGCCAGCCUAUGGUUUCCCCCUCCCAGCCCUAUGGCUUCCCCCUCCCAGCUCUAUGGUGUCCCCCUCCCAGCCCUAUGGUUUCCCCCUCCCAGCUCUAUGGUGUCCCCCUCCCAGCCCGUCUUGUUUACCCCUCCCAGCUCUCUGGUGUCCCCUCCAAGCCCUAUGGCUUCCCCCUCCCAGCUCUAUGGUGUCCCCCUCCCAGCCCUAUGGUUUCCCCCUCCCAGCUCUAUGGUGUCCCCCUCCCAGCCCUAUGGUUACCCCUAAAUCAUGCACGCUCAUUCAGCCGAAAACCAUGUGCCAUUGUCAUAUCAACUAUGGGUUGCUCCAUGCAAGCACAUGUUUGACAACGUCUGGGUGCCAUGGAUAGUUUACAUAGCACUAGUGUCACUAU